UGCACACUUGAAAUUAAUACCUGGAACAGUAUUCUGAGUUGACGUCUGACUUGCGACCUUUAUAUAUACAAUCUAUGGUUGCGACACCGCUGAGUUGAACAGGCAGUGGCAGUCCAAACUUCAUAACACAGAAUGGAGAGCUUCGAAACUGCAGCCAACAUGGAAUUGUCAACAAACCUUUCCCAGAUUGUGUUUCAGGAAAUCCCCAACUCAUAUGUGUCAAAUGUUGCCUUGACUUGCUGCUACACUCUGACAGCAGCAAUCCAACCGAAUCCCAGAGACUGGGUGGGGAUAUUCAAGGUGGGCUGGAGCACCACAAAGGAUUAUCACACAUUUGUGUGGGUAGAACCAUCAUUGGAUCUGAUAGGACUGGAGCCAGUCAGAAAACAAGUGCUUUUUACUGCAUACUACUUGCCAAAGGAUGACUCGGUGUUCUAUCAGUUCUGCUAUGUUGAUAGCAAUGGCCAAGUGAGAGGAGCCAGCACCCCCUUCUGUUUUAAAACCCCAGGGGAACAAAGCACAGGCUGCAGCCUUGAAAAUGACCUCUUGGUUAUCAUAACUCAGGAAAAGGUAGAGCAACGUGAGAGGGAGAAAGAAGAGCUGGUCAUGGAGUUGGGGCAACUGAAAGAACAAAAUGAGACUCUGAGAAGUGCUCUGAAAGAGCAACAGCAAGAGAUUGAUCACCUCAAGCUGUCAAAUGAGGAACUAUACCAGGCAGAUGGGAACACGGAGAAUGCAAGAAAGCAUGAAGAACUGACACAGAACACUAAACUAAUGGAUGACUCACACAGAGGGCAGGAGGAACAGGUGGAAAAAGGUGAGAGGGAGAAAGAAGAGCUGACCAUGGAGUUGGGGCAACUGAAAGAGCAAAAUGAGACUCUGACAUGUGCCCUAAAGGAGCAGCAACAAGAGAUUGAUCACCUCAAGGAAUCCAAAAAGGAACUGGUACAGUUAGUGAGCAAACUGGAGAAACAGCAAGAGAAUACUAGAGAGCAUGAAGAACUGGCACAGAAUUUCAAAUCAUUGGAUGAAUCACAGAGAGGACAGGAGUCUCUGACCCCCAUUCAUGAAACAUAUUUGGGGAAUUUAGUGUCAAAACAUGUGACAGCUUCUCUGACCCCGAUUUGUGAGAAAUAUGAAAGAGCGUUGAUCAAGAUCAAACAGCUAAAGAAAGAACGAGAGGUGUUAAGAGGAAAGGUUGAGGUCCAAAGUGUGGAGAUCGCACAGCUGAGCCCAAGGCUCAAAGAAUCUGAGCGGGAGUCACACAGACUGAAGGCUCACAUUCAGCUUUUACAGGUGGAUCUCCAGAGCAGUAAGAAAGAGAAGAAGUGUUCUGCCCUAAAGGAGCAACAGCAAGAGGAAUCCAAAGAGGAACUGGUACAGUUAGUGAGCAAACUGGAGCAGCAGCAACAGAAUACUAGAGAGCAUGAAGAACUGGCGCAGAAUGCCAAAUCAAUGGAUGAAUCACAGAGAGGACAGGAGUCUCUGACCCCUAUUCAUGAAACAUAUUUGGUGAAUAUAGUGUCAAAACAUGUGACCGCUUCUCUGACAACUAUUUGUGAGAAAUAUGAACAAGCGUUGAUCAAGAUCAAACAGCUGAAGAAGGAGCGAGAGGAGUUGAAAGGAAAGAUUGAGGUCCAAAGUGUGGAAAUUGCACCGCUGAGCCCAAGGCUCAAAGAAUCUGAGCAGGAGUCCCACAAACUGAAGGAUCAUAUUCAGCUUCUACAGGUGGAUCUCCAGAGCAGUGAGAAAGAGAAGGAGAAGCUUUCUGCAGCGCUGCACAGAGUGUGUGGUGUCACACAUGAUCUACAGGACCUGAAGACUGGGAACAAGGCAUUACGUAGAAGCCUGUCAGAGCAGGAGCAGCAGCCACAGCAGAUGGUGGACAGUGAUUGGAAGGAGCAAUACCAAGCCCUUCUUGGUCAGCUGGAGGAGGCUCAGACACUGUUGCACAAGGAGUUGCAGGCUUCCAACAAUACCCGCAAACGUGCAGAGCAAGCAGAAAGGGAACUGGAGGAGCUCAAGGAGUGCAUGGAGAGCACGGCCAUGACGUCUGAUCGGACAAAGCAGAAGAGCAGCAAACUAGAGGUGCAACUUUCAGAGUUAAACAAAAUCAUUGAGGAGAAAGAAAACAUGGCAGAGAUCGCUAAAGUAGAGAAAGAGGAGUUGUCCAGAGAGAAUCAGGAUCUCAAAAGAGAUAUUGAAAGACUUCGCAAGGAAUUUGAUGACGUCCAGGCUGCUCCAGUGCCCAUGCAGCAUCCCAACCCUUAUGGCUCUUCAACUGACCCUACCCCCAAUAAGGAGCAGCAGCAAGAGGCACUGGCUGACUCUCUCCACUCUUGGAACCCAUAUGAAACCCCAGGCACGGCUACAAACCUGGAGGAAGAGUUGUCCUUGGAGUGUCGUCACUGCCAUGAGUCCUUCCCUGGCAUCACCCAGGACGAGCUGGAGCUGCACGAGCACAGCCACAGAGUGUGCCCCUUCUGCAUGCUCAUCUGUGACGGAAUGGAACAGGCUUUAUAUGAAGACCACGUCUACAGCCAUGAGGUGUAGAAAUGCCACUUCCUCACAACCCAGAGAAUUGUUUGUGAGUUGACUACUCAUAAAAAAAGCUGAUACUCUACUAAUUAUUUAGUAGGGGGGGGGGGAAUAAAUAUGGGCUAACAAUCCAUUCAGGAUAUUAUAUAAAUAACAUUUAUAAUCCCUUGUUCAUUACUGUAAAUGUCCUCUUACCUGGUCAAAUAAGUUAAGAAUUAAAUGUCUGGUAAAUCCGUAGCUAAUUUAUUUAGCCUGAAAUGUAUCAUACCAUAUAAGAUAUUUGUUUGAUGGCACUUCAUUUUGGUCUUGGAGUAGAAUUUGCCUCCAUUGCUGGGUGAUAGGAAUGUAUUGCUUUGCUAUUUAAUGGUUUCCCAUAUUUACUCCGUUAUAAUCUCUGCUGAACUGUUUACUUUGCGUAAUUAAACUAUACUGACUUUCUGCCCUUAAACCUCCUGCGUGCAUAACGUGUUGCAUAAUAGAGUCAAACGAUUAAUGGUCAAAUGAUGCCAUCUGAAAAUGAAAUGGUUCAAAUGGGAUUCAUGUGGGAAGCAACAAAUAAAGUUGUCUUCACAGUUGUGUCGUCAUGGAAGUACACAUUGUUUUGUAUCAUGAACUGCAAUAUGCAAAGAAUUACUCUGUUAUAAUAAAAGGUCAUUGCAUAGAA